UCAGAGUCACGUCAAAAUUAUGUCAACUCAUACUAAACAUUACUGUUAAUCGUUUUUGGGUACAAAAUAAAACAAAAUUGCAGACACUUAUCUAUAUUAAACCAGCAUUAGCAUCAGAGAAGAUAGUUGCAUAUUGUUUUCGUUAAAUCAGAUUGAAUUGCACAAUAUUUUUUAACAACUGCUGAAUUGAAAACAUGGCUCACAUGCCUUACAAAAUGAGUUAUAACUUCGAAGGCGAAUGUCGAAGAAGGCCUGAGCAAAAUCUUUCAGGUGCAAGUAAAAAUGAGAGUCGAGAUACUCUACUACAAAGAGCACAUCAAGAAAGACAAAAAAGACAGGAACAACGUUUGAAGUUGAAAAGUACCCUCAUUCUUCAGUCUUAUAUUAGGAGUUAUUUAGUACGUAAACAUAAAAAACAGGAAGAAAGAAUAAAUUUUCAUCAGAGUGAAAGUGUUCUGAAUAUCAAACCUUUAUUGGGGAGGCUAUUAUUCUUCUACAAUUCUAAAAUUGAUAGUGACUGUUUGGUCAAAGCAUGCCAGAUAUUGCUAGAUCAACAUUUACAAUUAGUACAACAAAUGGAUGCUGAUAAUUCAUUAAAUUGGUCAAUAAAAAGGACAUUGGCUUUAUGUAUAAAAGAAAUGGAUGAUAACCCAUUAACAGAUCUAUUUUUACAUUUUAUAGAUACCUAUACUGCAAAUACAAAUUCUGUAUCAAAGAUUGACAUAUGGCCUUACUUAAUUAGUAAAGGUUACUUUACUAAACUAAGAUAUCUGUUGGAAUGCAGAACAGAGCAAUUAGAAAUUAUUUUGAAGCUAAUUCAUCGACCACUCCUAUAUGUAAAUUCUCUACCAUCUCAAAAACAAUCAGAAGACAUUUGGUCUAUGUUUUGUAACAGUUUCUUAUCUGCCACAAUUACAACACAAAUAAAAGAUAUUCUUAUUCCAUAUUUGAAAAGUGUAAACUUUCCAUAUGAUGAUUUUGUUAAAUUUCUUUAUGGAAGUCAGCGCUGUAAUAUGGGAAAUGCACUACUUUAUUGCUUCUUAGUUCUUGAGUCUCCUGGUUUUGAGCCAACAAAGAAGAGUAUAAAGGUAUUGUCACUUCUUAGUGCAAACUUGCAUCAACUUGCACCUAAAGAAAAUUACAAUAUGGACUAUGAUAGUGAUGAAGAAGAUGAAAUUAUGGAGAUUUCAGAUGAACCAAUUACUUUGCAAGAUUACAUUCACCUUUUAAAUAAUUCAGACAGAGUGAGAAAGAUUUAUACGUAUUUUGAAGACCAUGUAAAUGAUGAGGAAGUAAUACUUUCUCUGACAAACUUGUCGCAAGAUCUUCUGCUAUUUUGUAAAGAUGCUAUUAAGAAAUUUGCUCUUGUUUUUAUGUUGGCCUUGAAAGGUACAUUUUUAAACAUACUGUGGCAAUGGAUUAAGACAAAUCAGUCAGCAGUUUAUCAGUCAAGCAAUGGACUUUUAGAUUUCUGGAAAGACAUACAUACUGCAAUAUCUGUAUUUUGUAGCAUGUUUAUUGUAUAUACAGAUACAUUACUAGAUACUGAAACAUCAGAUACAUGUGGUAUUUUUAAUUCAUCAGACUUAUGUUGUAUGUCAGAGAUGCUCAAAAAUAUGUCAAUUACAUUAAUUGAAAUGGCAUAUCCAUUAUGUAGAACUACAGGAAACAUAUCACCAGCAAUUCUUCAUCUCUAUAAUACAUGUUUAAGCUCAGUACAGAAACUCCACAUAUUAGAUUCGAGAAAGCACUUCUGCAAGCCUGAUUUUUGGACAAAAAGAAAAGUCCAUAUAUCCUUGGUUUGGGAACGUAGUAAUUAUUUGUCAAUAAAUUUAAAACCGUUCCAUGGUUUUAUGAGAGAAUCUGAAGAAGAAAAUCAACCACCGUUNUAG